AUGUCAGAUCCUGAAAAGGCGGUUCCGCCGGUCGUCAUCUCCCAGUGGCCAACCGGUCCUGGCUCGUCCCCGCAAACACCUACACACAAGGAGUUCUGGUCUCCUACGGAAACCUCCCCUACGUCUUCGAGAUCAGACACAGACAAUGAUGAACGUGCCCUCACACUCACCAUCACACAAGCGUCGCGGCAGUCGGCCACUCGGACAGCCACACGGAUAACUACUCGCGGCACGGAUUUCACGUUAGAUCCGAACUAUGAGGUGGACUUCGACCCCGACGACCCUGAGGAUGCCAGGAAUUGGUCAAUAUGGUACAAGUCAUACGCGAUCUUCUCAAUCUCAUUCGGCACCUUGUGUGUGGUGAUGUAUUCAACAGCAUACACGGCAGCCAUGGCGGCCAUGAUGCUGGAGUUCGGAGUCACAUCCGAACCGGUUGCGACACUGGGUGUUACGGCGUACUUGUUGGGCCUGGCCGUGGGUUCGUUGCUUCUUGCGCCUAUCGCCGAGACAUAUGGUCGGAAACCAGUAUACACGAUAUGCCAGGCCGGGUUUACCCUGCUUGUCCUACCUGCGGCGCUGGCCAAGGAUUUGCCAAGUGUGAUCGUUGUGAGGUUCUUUGGUGCGGUGUUUGGGAGUGCUAUGAUUGCGAACGCACCCGGCUCAAUAGCAGAUCUCGUAUCCGACGAAUACCGUGCCACGGCCUUCUCCAUCUGGUCCAUCGGGCCGAUGAACGGCCCCGUCGUGGGGCCAACAAUCGGUGGAUUCGUGACCGAGUACCUGGGCUGGCGUUGGACGAACUGGAUCGUCAUGAUCUGGGGAGGCGUCUCGUGCGUUUUACUGAUACUCCUCGGCGAGACGUACGCCCCGGUUCUGCUGCAGCGCAAGGCAAAGAAACUGCGGAAAGAAAACGAUGACGAACGGUACUGGAGCCGCUACGACAUUCGUGUCGGCUUCUGGGAGCUGAUGCGAAUCAACCUCAAGCGGCCGUUCGUCAUGGCCCUGACCGAACCGAUCUGCAUGUUCUGGAACGUGUACAUCUCGAUCUGCUACGGGAUACUAUAUUUGUGUUUCGUCGCUUACCCGAUCGUCUUUACCGAGUACCGGGGCUGGUCGGUCGGUGUCUCUGGCCUCUCAUUCCUUGGGAUCGGCAUCGGCACCAUGAUUAUCAUCUGCAGCGCGUCGCCAAUCCGCAAGAUGAUCAAUGCGCAUAAGCCCGACGCAGAUGGCAACGUGCCGCCCGAGGCCAUGAUGAGCAUCGUCUGCAUCGCCGCAAUUCUCGUCCCAGUAGGUGAGAUCUGGUUCGCUUGGACGUGCUACCCAACAAGCAUUCACUGGGCCAUCUCCAUCGCCGCAGGAAUUCCCUUCGGAUUCGGCAACGGCGCCGUGUUCAUCUACGCCGGCAACUACCUGGCCUACAGCUAUGGGAUCUACGCCGCGAGCGCUAUGGCCGGCAACGCGGUAGUGCGAUCAUUCCUCGGCGGCACGUUGCCGCUUGCCGGGCCUUCGAUGUACCGCGCCCUGGGACCCAACUGGGCGGGCACAUUACUAGGAAUCCUCCUAGUCCUGAUCAUUCCGAUCCCGUUCCUCUUCUACCGCUACGGCGGGCGCAUUCGCGAGAAGUCGACCCUCAUCCGCCAGAUGCGAGAGGAGGAAGAACGCCAGGAGCGGAAACGAAAGAAGGCCGAAGAGCGCCUGCGUAUAGCCGUUAUGAGCGGUGAUCAGACGGAAACCGCACAAGCGAGGACCGAGCUCGUGCGGGUGAAUAGCCGGCUGGAUGACGAGAGGAGCUUUGAGGCCGCGGGCCAGGAGACGUUGAAUAACAUCCAAGGCUUGAGACCCGGGAAGGAGACCGUUUGA